AUGAGCACCACUAUAAGACAGGAGGAGCCACGUCUACUUCACAGCACAGAGCUUCUGUCUCCAACCUCCACAGCUGCUGCUGCUGCUGCUGCUUCUUCAAGUCUAACAUGGAGUUCAGACUGUCUUUAAGGGUUCCUUGGAUCUUUGUGCUGUUGUUGAGCAGUGGUGCUUGUUUACCCUUAAAAGAAGAAUACAUAUAUCCCUACAAGUUGCCCUCGAGCUCUGGUGAUGAAUCUGCUUCUGAUGAUGGAGCUGCUCCUUCUCCACGAAGUUUUGGAUCUCUUUUCAAUUACCCUGCAAAAGGUGGUGGUCAAGCUCAAGGAGGUGGUCAAACACCUGGCACCAGUAGUUUCUGGUAUGUUGCCACUCCUGCAUCCUCAAGCUCUGGUGGCCAAGGCACUUAUCCUACAACAGGUGGUGGUCAACAAGGCGGUAACACAGUGGCCACUGGCGGGCUUGUAACUGUUCCUCAAGGCGGCGUUCCUCAAGGCGGCGUUCCUCAAGGCGGUGGUCAAUCUCAAGGAGGUGGUCAAACAGCUGGCACCAGUGGUUUCUGGUAUUUUGCCGCUCCUUCAUCCUCAAGCUCUGGUGGCCAAGGCACUUAUCCUGGAACAGGUGGUGGCGGCGUUCCUCAAGGCGGCGCUCCUCAAGGCGGCUUUCCUCAAGGCGGCUUUCCUCAAGGCGGCGUUCCUCAAGGUGGCGUUCCUCAAGGCGGCGCUCCUCAAGGCGGCACUCCUCAAGGUGGCUUUCCUCAAGGUGGCGUUCCUCAAGGCGGCUUUCCUCAAGGCGGCGCUCCUCAAGGUGGCUUUCCUCAAGGCGGCGUUCCUCAAGGCGGCGCUCCUCAAGGCGGCACUCCUCAAGGUGGCUUUCCUCAAGGUGGCGUUCCUCAAGGCGGCACUCCUCAAGGCGGUGGUGGUCAAUCUCAAGGAGGUGGUCAAACACCUGGCACCAGUGGUUUCUGGUAUUUUGCCGCUCCUUCAUCCUCAAGCUCUGGUGGCCAAGGCACUUAUCCUGGAACAGGUGGUGGCGGCGUUCCUCAAGGUGGCGUUCCUCAAGGCGGCGCUCCUCAAGGCGGCUUUCCUCAAGGCGGCUUUCCUCAAGGCGGCGUUCCUCAAGGUGGCUUUCCUCAAGGCGGCGUUCCUCAAGGCGGCACUCCUCAAGGCGGUGGUGGUCAAUCUCAAGGAGGUGGUCAAACAGCUGGCACCAGUGGUUUCUGGUAUUUUGCCGCUCCUUCAUCCUCAAGCUCUGGUGGCCAAGGCACUUAUCCUGGAACAGGUGGUGGCGGCGUUCCUCAAGGUGGCGUUCCUCAAGGUGGCGCUCCUCAAGGCGGCUUUCCUCAAGGCGGCUUUCCUCAAGGCGGCGUUCCUCAAGGUGGCGUUCCUCAAGGUGGCGCUCCUCAAGGCGGCUUUCCUCAAGGCGGCUUUCCUCAAGGCGGCUUUCCUCAAGGUGGCGUUCCUCAAGGCGGCGUUCCUCAAGGCGGCGUUCCUCAAGGCGGCGUUCCUCAAGGCGGCGUUCCUCAAGGCACUGGUGUUUCAGGUCAAGUUCAAGGUGGCAGUCAAACAGCUACCCCCGAAAAUCUUGGCAAUGUAGUUGUUAACUACCUCAGUACUCCUCCCAUCUAUUGGUUUCCUCCUGCUCCUGCAACAGGUGGUGGUGCUGUUCCUCAAGGCGGCGCUCCUCAAGGCGGUGCUCCUGCAACCUCCAGCUCUGGUGGCCAAGUCACUUAUCCUGCAACAGGUGGUAGUCAAGUAUCCUGUCCCACAGAUAACACCGGUUACUGGUCAAUUGGACUCAAAAAGCUCCCUGGAACAGGUCAAGUGAGCGCUACUGCUAGCGGCUGGCUUUAUCUUUACCAACCAGCUUCUCCACCUGCCCUUCCUCCAACCUCCAACACGAGUACCGGCUCUACACCUUCCAACGUGCCCUCUAUACCUGGUGGUGGUCAAGCAGUCAGUCUCACAGAUGACACCGGUUACUGGUUAUUGACCCUCAAAAAGCUCUCUGAAACAGGUCAAGUGAGCGCUACUGCCACUGGCUGGCUUUUUAUUAACCAAGAGACCCGAGGCAAUCUGCAUUUCCAGGCUUCUCCACCUGCCCAUCCUCCAAACUUCACACCGGUUGGCAGCUCUACACCUGCCAACAUGCCCCCUGUAACAAGUGGUGGUCAAGGACUCGGUCCCACAGAUGACACCGGUUACUGGUUAAUGGCCCUCAAAACGCUCACUGGACCAGGUCAAGUGAGCACUUAUGCCACCGGCUGGUUUUUUAUUGACAAAGAGACCCGCGGAAAUCUGCAGAUGCAGGCUUCUCCACCUGCCCUUCCUCCAACCUCAGUACUGGGUAGCGGCUCUAUACCUAACAACUUGCCCACUAUACCAUAUGGUGGUCAAGCACUCGGUCUUACAGAUGACACCGGUUACUGGUUAAUGGACCUCAAAAAGCUCUCUGAAACAGGUCAAGUGAGCUAUACUUCCACCGGCUGGCUUUAUCUUGACCAAGAGACCCGAGGCAAUCUGCAUUUCCAUGCUUCUCCACCUACCCAUCCUCCAAACUUCAUACCUGGUUUCAGCAUGCCCCCUAUGCCUGGUGUUGAUCAAGUAAGCCAAAACUGGCAGCCUGGAUGGGGAACUUACGUCUUGUUCCCAGAGUUUGGCUUUCCUCAAAUUGUUUCAGAGAGUGACAUGCCCGAUCAGCUUCCGCCUCCAACCUACAUCACCCGCUCCAAAAAUAGCUACACGCGUGUACAACAAGUAUUUUCCCGCAGUACAUACAUCCCAUUAAACCCUAAACUACCAGCCUCCACCUUCAACCCCACCAAUGUACCACAUGGGACUCAACCAGUGACUGUGCCUGGAGUAGGACAGCCCCCCCAUGGACAAGGCGGUACUCAACCAGUGACUGUGCCUGGAGGAGGACAGUCCCCCCAGGGACAAGGCGGGACUCAACCAGUGACUGUGCCUGGAGGAGGACAGUCCCCCCAGGGACAAGGCGGGACUCAACCAGUGACUGUGCCUGGAGGAGGACAGUCCCCCCAGGGACAAGGCGGGACUCAACCAGUGACUGUGCCUGGAGGACAGUCCCCCCAGGGACAAGGCGGGACUCAACCAGUGACUGUGCCUGGAGGAGGACAGUCCCCCCAGGGACAAGGCGGGACUCAACCAGUGACUGUGCCUGGAGGACAGUCCCCCCAGGGACAAGGUGGGACUCAACCAGUGACUGGGCCGGGAGGAGGACAGCCCCCCUAUGGACAAGGCGGGACUCAACCAGUGACUGGGCCUGUAGGAGGACUGCCCCCCUAUGGACAUGGCUGGAUUCAACUAGUGGCUGUGCCUGGAGGAGGACAGCCCCCCUAUGGACAAGGCGGGACUCAAACGGUGACUGGGCCUGGAGGAGGACAGCCCCCCUAUGGACAAGGCGGGACUCAAACGGUGACUGGGCCUGGAGGAGGACAGCCCCCCUAUGGACAAGGCGGGACUCAAACGGUGACUGGGCCUGGAGGAGGACAGCCCCCCUAUCGGACAAGGCGGGACUCAAACGGUGACUGGGCCUGGAGGAGGACAGCCCCCCUAUGGACAAGGCGGGACUCAAACGGUGACUGGGCCUGGAGGAGGACAGCCCCCCUAUGGACAAGGCGGGACUCAAACGGUGACUGGGCCUGGAGGAGGACAGCCCCCCUAUGGACAAGGCGGGACUCAAACGGUGACUGGGCCUGGAGGAGGACAGCCCCCCUAUGGACAAGGCGGGACUCAAACGGUGACUGGGCCUGGAGGAGGACAGCCCCCCUAUGGACAAGGCUGGACUCAACUGGUGACUGGGCCUGGAGGAGGACAGCCCCCCUAUGGACAAGGCGGGACUCAACCGGUGACUGGGCCUGGAGGAGGAGGACAGCCCCCCUAUGGACAAGGCGGGACUCAACAAGUGACUGGGCCUGGAGGAGGAGGACAGCCCCCCUAUGGACAAGGUGGGACUCAACCAGUGACUGUGCCUGGAGGAGGACAGCCCCCCUAUGGACAAGGCUGGACUCAACUAGUGACUGGGCCUGGAGGAGGACAGCCCCCCUAUGGACAAGGCUGGACUCAACUAGUGACUGGGCCUGGAGGAGGACAGCCCCCCUAUGGACAAGGCGGGACUCAACCAGUGACUGGGCCUGGAGGAGGACAGCCCCCCUAUGGACAAGGCGGGACUCAACCAGUGACUGUGCCUGGAGGAGGAGGACAGCCCCCCUAUGGACAAGGCGGGACUCAACCACAUAUGCCAAUAUGGCACGUCAAGGUGUAAUCAGGUGAACUUGGUGACUGAGAGCUUCAGCUUCCUGGAACUGUUUACACGUUUAAAAAGUAUUAAUAAAAAAUCUGACCAUGAGAA